AUGGACACCUCCACCAGUGUUACCAACAGUUCCAGCCUCCAGGUCUCCCAGUUCAUCUUGAUGGGACUCCCAGGCAUUCACGACUGGCAGCACUGGCUCUCCCUGCCCCUGGCUCUGCUAUACUUAUCAGCUCUUGCUGCCAAUCUCCUCAUCUUGACCACCAUCCAACAUGAGCCCACACUUCAUGAGCCUAUGUACCAUUUCCUGGGCAUACUGGCACUCGUGGAUAUUGGCUUGGCCACCACCAUCAUGCCCAAGAUUAUGGCUAUCUUCUGGUUUGAUGCCAAGGCCAUCAGUCUCCCUGAAUGUUUUACUCAGAUGUAUGUCAUCCACUGCUUCUUUGGCAUGGAAUCUGGUAUCUUCCUCUGCAUGGCAGUGGACAGAUACAUAGCCAUCUGUCACCCUCUUCAGUAUCCCUCCAUAGUCACUGAAGCUUUUAUGGUCAAAGUCACAGGAUUCAUGGUGCUCAGAAAUGGCUUGCUGACCAUCCCAGUGCCUGUACUGGCUGCCCAAAGACUCUACUGCUCCAAGAACAAAAUUGACCACUGCCUGUGCUCUAACUUGGGGGUUAUCAGCCUGGCUUGUGAUGACAUCACUGUGAACAAAUUUUACCAACUGUUCUUAGGGUGGAUUGUAGUUGGGAGUGACAUGGCUUUGGUGUUUUCUUCCUAUGCUCUAAUCCUUCGCACUGUGCUGAGGCUGAACUCAGCAGAGGCGAUGUCCAAGGCCCUGAGCACCUGUAGCUCCCACCUCAUCCUCAUCUUCUUCUUCUACACAGGUCUCCUUGUGCUAUCUGUCACACACCUUGUAGAAGAAAAGAUUCCCCUUAUCCCUGUGCUCCUUAACGUGCUGCACAAUGUCAUGCCCCCUGCUCUCAACCCCAUGGUCUAUGCUCUCAGGAUGCACGAGCUCAGAAUGGGCUUCCAGAGGCUACUUGGAUGGCUGAAGAAUUGUCCACCGAGUAACCUCAGCUUCAUAAGGCCAUAUAAAUAUUAA